GGAGUGUUCUCCCAGCGUGGGAAAGACGCUCGUCUUUUCUCUGCCUCUCAGGGACUAAAGUAGGCCAAAGAAGGGCUACAGAGGGAGCAACUUCUCUGCCCCGGCUACAACUUUCUCUGCUCCAGUCGCUCUCCCUCUUGAGUCGAGACGAGGGGCUUUUUGGGAGCCAAGCAGCCGGGCUGGUGGGAGUUCUUGUGCUCUGAGAGGAGAUGGGCAGCAGCUGAGGAGAUUUUUCUCCCAGCCGGGCUGAACAGCAAAGACGGGCAGGGAAGAAAUGUAUCACUCCGGCAGUGAGGAGUCAGAUCUGGGUUCGGCCGACUCCUACACCAGCCGUCCAUCAGACUCCGAUGUGUCCCUGGAGGAGGAUAAGGAGGCAGUGCGCAGAGAGGCAGAAAGACAGGCUCAGGCACAGCUUGACAAGGCCAAGACCAAACCAGUUGCAUUUGCCGUUCGCACAAAUGUCAACUACAGCCCGAAUCACGAUGAUGACGUUCCCGUGCCAGGCAUGGCUAUCUCCUUCGAGGCCAAAGACUUCCUCCACGUCAAAGAGAAAUUUAAUAACGACUGGUGGAUAGGACGCCUGGUGAAGGAAGGCUGUGAAAUCGGUUUCAUUCCCAGUCCUGUGAAGAUAGAAAACACUCGUAUCCUCCAGGAGCAGAGAGCCAAACAGGGCAAGUUCCACUCCAGUAAAUUGGGAGCAAACUCAUCUUCUAGUUUAGGUGAAGUCGUUCCUAACUCUCGGAAAUCUACUCCUCCUUCCUCUGCUAUUGAUAUAGACACCACAGACUUAGACCCCGAGGACAAUGAGCCACCAGUCAACCUGCGCUCCCCUAAAGCCAGUCCAAACACUGUCAUGUCACCCCUAGCAAAAGAAAAACGAAUGCCUUUCUUUAAGAAGGCGGAACACAUUCCUCCGUACGACGUUGUGCCUUCUAUGCGGCCUGUGGUUCUGGUUGGACCAUCACUGAAGGGCUACGAGGUUACAGACAUGAUGCAAAAAGCACUGUUUGACUUUUUGAAACACAGAUUCGAGGGACGAAUAUCAAUCACUCGCGUCACGGCGGACAUCUCUCUUGCCAAACGCUCGGUCUUGAACAAUCCCAGCAAGCACGCCAUCAUUGAACGCUCCAACACACGCUCCAACUUGGCUGAAGUCCAAAGCGAGAUUGAGCGGAUUUUUGAACUAGCCCGGACAUUACAGCUGGUAGUUCUGGACGCCGACACCAUCAACCACCCAUCACAGCUGGGGAAGACGUCCCUUGCCCCCAUCAUAGUCUACGUCAAGAUCACCUCCCCUAAGGUGCUGCAGAGGCUCAUCAAGUCGAGAGGCAAGUCUCAGGCCAAACACCUCAACGUCCAGAUGGUGGCUGCCGACAAACUGGCUCAGUGCCCUCCUGAGAUGUUUGACAUCAUCCUGGAUGAGAACCAGCUCGAGGAUGCUUGUGAGCAUAUGGCUGACUACCUGGAGGCCUACUGGAAAAGCACUCACCCCACCAGCAGCAGCCCCCCUGACCCAGUGCUAACUAAGCUGCCCACAGCCGCCCUGCCCUCCAGUACAGGCCCGGUCUCAGGCGUGCAGGGCGGCGGUGCAGAGCAAAGAGGGGACAGAGCAAUAGAGGAGAGGAAGGGCUCCAGAGAGGAUCACCAGCAGCACCACCAUCACCAUCACCACCACCACCACCAGAGCCAGGACCAGGCUGAUGCUGAUGCCGAGGCUGAGGGGGAAGGAAACGAGGAAGAGAGGCCUCUGAGGACGGAUGCCUCAAGGAGAGCUCAGCACGUCCACCACCGUUCGUCUUCCACCAGGACUGAGCACCACAACCACCAUCACCACCACCACCACAGCAGUCGAGCCCGGGGCCUAUCCCGGCAGGAGACUUUGGACUCAGAGACCCCUGAGAGCAGAGAGAGCCGAGAGAGCAAGGACUCUGCUUAUAAUGAGCCACGUACUCAGCUCCUCCACCAGGAGGAGGAGGAGGACGACGAGGAGGAGGAAGAAGAGGAGGACGAGGAUCUAGGGGAGGGGCACCCCCAGCAACAACAGCGUUACGAGCCACUGCCCCACCGGGACCACAACCACCAUCACCACCACCACCAUCACCGGGGUGGGGGCGAGGAAGCUGGCCACAGCACGGGACACCACCGCUCGAAGGAGCGCGAGCAGGACCAUAACGAACGGAACAAGCAGCGCUCCCAUCACCACCGGCCGGGGCGCGACCACCACCAUCACUACUACGACCGGGACAGAGACAGGGACCGAGAGGGGGAGGUGGCUCCCAAAAAGAGGGGUGAUGCAGGGGAAUGGGCCAGAGACUCCUACAUACAUCAGUGACAGACCAAAUCCCUCUGAAGCUCUUUGGACUCUCCUCUUAAAGACCAUUCUGUUCUCCCAUUGUGCUGCUACACCCUGAAACCACAGCAUCCUAUUUAUGUACACUUCCUUUGUAAAUGCUGUUGCAUCUUUUUCAAUGGCAGGAUUUUGAUUACAUAGAUACAAAUAUAAAUAUAUAAAUAUAUGUAUGUGUGUAUCUAUGCAUAGACGUUGUUUAUGUGUGGAUAUGCAUGAAUAUUCUUAAAUAUGCAUAUUUUAAACCUGUGUUUGAUAAAGCAUGACAAAGAAGCAGAAUUUUUGUCUGUACUGAGCUGUGCUUUCUGUAAAAAGAAUUUUUAUUAUUAUUAUUUGCUUGCAACCACUUGAAAAAUUUGUUACGAAACGGUUGACUAACCAAGUUAGUUUGAUGCUGUUUAUGCAGAGGUCUUUGACUUGAAGUAUAGUUUGUCAUUUUGGGUCAUGCACAUAUUCACUUUCUCUCCCAGAGUGACACUAAGUUGCUGGUUCAUAAAUUCACCUAGCUGAGCCUUCACUAUAUUACAGUGAAACUACAAACAAUAUGAAUGUAGGGGAUACAUCAAAACUGAUACUAAUCAUUUCUUACCACUUCUCAGUUGAUCAACUAAAAGCAAAUGGACAGGUAAUACCUGGAGGGACAUAUUUCAUAGUAAAACUACAUUUCACAGCCUAUGUUAGCAUCGUUGACUGUAUAUCACUAUGGACACCGCGCCUCCAUGUCCUCCUAUUGUGAGAGGGAAGCCAAAAUAAACUUUACUUAACAUUCCAAUUAAACAGUAAAGACUGCUUAAAGCUGCUGUUGGUAGUCACAGAGUAAACAUCUGUUCAGAGAGAGGGACUUGAAUGUCAACACUAUCUCUCCCAACCAGAUUUCCUCUUAGCCCCCCAACACAGAUCGGUGUGUGCAGUCAUGAUAGUGCCGGACUCAUAACGAAUCGGAGGACGUAGUAGGGGCCGCCCCUUAACCAAUCAGGACAGAGGAUUGGAGAUUAGCUAUGAUUGGUCCGUCAUAACGGGAACGAGGGGAUUAAUAACAUUGCUUGAUACAAAGGCAUUGGAAAACACAGAGAUUUUGCAACAGUCUCAAAUUACUCCACUUACCAAUGAGUACCGAUGGGUAUUAUGACCUUUUCUACAAACACAGCACAAAAUAAGUAACGUUUUUUACACCAUACCUACCAACAGCAGCUUUAAGUUGGUUCAACCUAUGAUGAAACAGAUCCUUAGGUUGAUUUUAAACAGAAACUCAUGGCAAGUGUUUACGUUUUCUCUUGCUGGUCUUCCUCCUCUACUUUGCUAAUCCGAUAAAGAGCAGACAUUUGUCCACAGAGCUAUCAAUCCUAAUGCCAUGUCCCCUCUUUUUGGCAUCAAUAAUUAGAAAUAAACUUCUUCAAGUAAAGUUAACCUGCAAAUAAAUUAGAAUGAUACAAAUUACUAAAAAUGACAGAAACCUUGUUUAAGAAAAAAAAAUUUGACAUAUAUUUCAAUUUUCAAGUUUGACCCAUGUUCCAUCUGUCACUAUGGAGGGGGCAAGCUUUAAAACCAAACUGCAUCCAAUCACAGCUCUAAAAGUUUUGGCUUCUCUCUGGAGAGCUGUUCGUCUGUCCAUGGUUUUAUACAGUCUAUCAUACCAUUCAACUAAUUCCUAGCUAACAUUCCUGUAAGCUAGUUUAUAAUAUUGAUAUUAGCAUUCAACGAUUCCAAGCUAAAAGUAAAGUUAGCAAGCCAACAUUACUGUUAGCCUGCUAAAAUUGCAGUUAGCUAGGACUCAUGUCAUAUUUUGAAAACUAUCAAACAGUAAUGUUAGCUUGAAAUGGUUGAAUGUGAAUGUAUGCUGUUUGCUAACAGUAGCUAAUGGUUCAUACAAUGUUUAGCUUGUAGCAUUACCUUCAUAAACACAGGAUUAAUAUCAGGAUGUUUUCUGAGACUGCUUUAAUUUUAGUAGUCUGAGAUUACAAAUUGAGAUUACAAAUUGAGAUUACAAUUCCUCUUCUGUUUGUUGGCUAACUAUAAUUCAAAGCUAACAGCAGCUUCGGUUUGAAAGGAAACAUUACAUCUGACUCAAAGAAAACAAAUACACCCACCAGCAGUUAAGUUCACUAAUUAGCCAUGCACUUUGUACCUUAUGUUAGCCUACACAAUAAGUCUUUAAACUAACCGUUCUGGUUUAAUGGCAAGGCCUACGUCAAGCUAACUUAACCCAACCAGCUGCAAACAUUUGAUAUUUGACAGGCAAGAACAAAAUGAUUCAGUUUUUCUGUUUUUUGCAAACAAAGCAACAAAGCUAGCAAGAAUGUCCCCCCUAAUUUCGGACUACUCCUUCAUUUUAUCCUCAUCACUAAUCGCUUAAUUUGUUGUUUUAAAGUUCUGCGUCCACUUUUUCAGACAUUUGGUUCUCACAAAUUUAAACUACAUUUUAGAUGCACCUCCGUCUUGCCUCGUAGACUACUGCUAAAAUUCUCCUCUCUCACAUGCAGUACUCUUCCUAUGGGUCCAGAAACACUUUCUAUAAUAACAUUGAUACACCCUGCAAUUUUACUGACUCAGAUUUGUUCCAAAUGAAAGCUAUUUGAUAUAACAUUGAAACUCACUGCAGGUCUUUCCACCUAAACUCCAUUGAGGUAAAUAUUUUAAGUCUAAAUACUUUUCUAAAGAAUGUUUUUGAUCCCCACAUCUCUCCCGCUUGAUAGGCUACUUUGAAGAAUGUUAAUCUCAGGAGAUCUUUGGUAUGAUCUUCAAAACCAACUCAAACAUCAAAUGAUUACCUGGCAAAAGUCGCGUUUCCACCACCACAGCCUUUUCCAAAGGGACUGGAGUUUUUUGGAGGAACUUUGCGUCCUAUUCGCCAGGGUCUAAAUUUAGGUCCAAGGACGUUAUGAAAGUCCCAUUUUGGGGGAUUUGUACUUUUAAAGCUACAGGAACUUUUGGGAACAUUUCGUAUUGACUGAGCUCAAAUAGCAUUUGAUUUCAGCAACCAUAUAAAAAUGUGCUUCCAAGAACCAGUAUGUUUGUUUAUUUUGUUCAUUUUAAAGCAAACUAGGGUGACAGAAAAGGCCUGGAACAGUUGUAAAGAAAAAUGUUACGGCCUUAUUUAGCAUUUUUGCUGAGGACAAAAUCCAGUGAGAACUGGUAACCACAAUGAUUUUGGUUUAUAUGAUGUCAUCAUAGUUGUAUAGCUGACAAAUGACACUGCCCUUAUUUCUUAGUCACCAACAGACUUAUUAGCCUGCUCUUUGCAGUCAUACAAACGACAGUGGAAAGCGAAGAACAAGCUGAAAGUCCCUUUUUGUAGUUCCUGGGCUAAAAGGUUUUUCUACUUUGGUGGAAACGUGACUUUAGGUAGUUACGUUUUCUAUUCUUUGCCAUUUGCUCAUUCACUGAGUAGGAUCCACUUCAUACAGAGUCAAGGUGUUAGAUUGAUAUAGUAAAUAAUGUAUUUAUGAUAUUUAAAAUCUGAACUGAGCCCCUCUGUGUACAAAGUCUUUGGUGUUUGCCUGACGAUUGUAAUUAUAUACAACUACUCCAUUUCUAUGCUACAUUGGUAGCAUUACAGGUUUUUUAACAAUGUACAUGUGUAUGUACAUAAUGCAUAAAUAUGAAGAAUAAAGUUGGCAACAAAG